AUGAUGGAAUUUAUUGUGCUUUUGGGUGGAUGUGAGCGCAUGUCUCGUAGGCCAUAUGAUGUUUAUCUUUACACCGACAACUUUGUGUUCAGCCGACAUGCUGAAAAGCAAAAGCUCUUGAGCUUCUUGUUGCAGCACAACGACCCUCAUGGGGAUCAUGCACUGCCUGUUCUCCCGGUUAUAGGUGGCCCAACAACUGGGAAGAAAAGUUUGGUUGCACAUGUGUGCGGUGAUGAAAGGGUUCGCUCGCGAUUCUCCUCUGUAUUGCACUUAGAUGGAGACAACCUUUUGAGCAUACUUAACCAUGGAAGGACUAUGGAAGGAAUGAUGUUGGUAGUUGUCGAGUUUGCUUCCGAUGUAGAUGAUGAUGAUUGGCAAAAGUUUCAGUCAUUUCUCAUAAGAAUAAGCAGAGGAAGUAAGAUAAUUAUCGUAAGUAAACUAAAAGGAUUAGCCAGGUUUGGAUCGGUGAAACCAAUUUUCCUCUCCGUUCUAUCAAAGGAUGAGUUGAGGUACCUUUUCAAGGCAUUGGCAUUUGGGAGUGUAGACCCUGCAGAACAUCCACGGUUAGUUCAAAUAGCAGAUGAAUUUGUCAAGGUGUUGAACAAUAUGCAAGGUUCACUUAUCGCGGCAAAUUCAUAUGCGGAUGUGUUGAGAAAAAAUCUCAAUGUUCGGUUUUGGUGUUGUACAUUGGACAAGGCGAUAAGAUUUCUUAAAAGAAACCUAUCCAUAGAUGGUGUGCAACCAAGCACACGUUUAUCACAAGGCCAUCGAGUCGACAUAACGGACUUUGCUUUGCAUCCACUUAGCAUGACACGUUAUACAAUUAAUGUCUCAGUCAAGGAGGAAUCACCAAGUGUGACAUUGGGGGGACUUAUAGCAGAUCCAAGGGUUAGACCGGAAGGAGACUUUAUUCUAACUUCAUGGGAAUCAAGGUUACCCCCUCAUAAAUCAUUUGUUUAUUUUGUUACAAGUCAUGCUCGGGACACAUGUGAAGGUAGUGCUUUGUUAGGUAGGAAGCGACGAGGAGUGCCAAUUUAA